AUGGCGAACCGAAUGUCCAUGUUCUCGGUCGCCUCUGAAGGCCCAGGGAACAAUCGCGGUCCUCAGACUGCCCAGGUGUCCACCACGACCCUGCUCAACACUAUACACAACAUCUACCUCGCCAGCCAACCCCAUCAACUGGAUUCGAGCACCAGUCUUGUUGUCAACACUUGGCUCACCGCCUCCCAAGGCGGUCCUACCGUCGAUGCUGCUCUCGCCACCAGAGCGUGGGAGCACGCUCGCCGCCGUGCCGAGGAUGGCUUAAUCGUGCUUGGAUCUUUGCAUUCUUCUGCCCCGUCCGUCCUCGUCCCAUUCAUCUCUUCGCUGCCGUUCACGAUCCCGAAUUCUAUUUUCAAAGCGUUCGACUCUGUCCAGCCAUUCCUGCGCUGCGUCACGCCUUACAAUCCAUCCUUCCCUCGACAGGCUGCUUUGAGCGCGACCUUUACGCUCAACCUGGCCGGAAACCUUUCGGCUGCCAGCCUGGCUCUGUCACAAGGUGGAAUCGAUACCGAAAAUGGCCUUUUCAACAUUCCCGCCAGCGCUGGAUACCGCGCGUUUGAUGUAUUUUACUAUCUGCUCACGUCCGCGUCUACACCCGCCGAACGCGAGUUCCUCGGUCUCCAGGCUCCUUCGACCUAUGCUCUUCUCGCUCGGUCGUCUACCUACACUCCGCCCACAUACCUGCCCACUGCCGACGAUUCUGCCUCUGCCGACGACUUCCGCCAAGCCCUCAAAGACAUUGGCAUCAAGGGAUCUGCCCACCGAAACUUUAUUUCUACUCUGGCUGGUCUUCUGAAACUUGGUAACACUCUUGAUUAUGAGCUCGAGUCCGAGUCCCUCGAUGAGCUUUGCGACGAAGCCAGUGGUCUGCUUGGCCUCGAGCCAGAAGUGCUUACUGCCAAGUGCAGCACCGAAGACCGCCGCAUCCUUGUCAGCGGCCUCUACGAGUCACUCGUCGACUGGGUCAUUUCCAAAGCCAAUACUGCCAUCGCAUCGCAAAUGACCCGAAUCCGUGAUGGCGAGGAAUCUGCAGAUGGCCGUGGUGUGCGCACCCCGACCUCGGAGGAGGACAAUGGCGAUACCGUCAACCUCACCGUCGUCGAGAUCCCUGACCCUGUUCUUGGAAAAGCUGUUUGUAUGCGAUCCAUCUUUGAUGACUCUUGCGGUAUCAACUCCGAGAUGAUUCAGGAUGGUGUCGAAGCUUCUCCCGCCGGCUCUUCCGUCAUGAGAGAGGUGCAGCAGGCUGUUGCUGAUGUUGCCCCGGAUCUGGGCAUCAUGACCGGUCCCCAGGGCCGCGACCGCCAGCGCGAGCUGGAGCAGAGAGAAGUUGUUCUUGAAAGAGUUGCUCACGCCGCUGAAGAUGGUGGCUUCAUCAAGAAACUCCUCUUCCCCGUCCAGGGUGAGGGUAUCAACCUGGGCCGUGCCGGUCGUGUUGAUCUUCCUCACCUGCUCGCUUCCAGCCGUGCCUGGUACCACCUGUCCUUGCACCCUACCGACGAUAGCCCGUCCAGCCUCGCGGCUCUGCCCUCCAUCACCUCAGCCUGGUCCGCCGGUACCGUCUCUCGACAGCUCCGGUCGUGGCGACUCCCCGAGUGGGCAAACCGUCGUAACCGCCACCUCGACUAUACCGCGGACUUUGACGUGGAGGAGUUUGUUACUCGCUACGGCCCACUUGGCUGCACUGAUGGCAGGGACGGCAUCGAAAGCUGGAUGCUGGAGCGUGGUUGGAGCAAUGGUGAAAUCUUUGUCGGCAAAGAGCGCGUCUGGAUCCGCGAGUCUGCCUGGUGGGACGCAGAGUCUAUGCUCGAUAUGAAGCAAGGCACCAAUGUCCAAGGCCUGAACAACAACCCCUUUAGCAGCGGCUUUGACACAUCAUACUCCAAUACCGGCAGCGGCUUUUUCCCGCCUCAGCCGAUUGAUAAUACCUACGGUGCCAGUCGCGAUGAGCUUGUAGGAGGACACUCUCGCAAUGUCAGCCAGGCCAAUCUCAGCCAGGCAGGCUUCCCCCAGGCCAUGAAUGUUGCUCCUUCAAUGGCGCCAACUGGUAUGACUGGCAUGCGCAACGUCAGCAAAGGUGAUUACGGACUCGGAAACAAGGGUGAUACCUACAAGGGCGAUGAGUAUGUUGAUGGUGGCGACUACAACGGCGAGCUUGACCCAGAGCUUGCCAAGAACAAACAUUUGGAAACGAAGCACACUACUGCUGGCCGCCGUGCUUGGGUCGCCAUCGUCUGGGCCCUGACAUUCUGGAUUCCUUCCCCUCUGCUCCGAUACAUAGGCCGCAUGCGCCGACCUGAUGUUCGCAUGGCCUGGCGCGAAAAGCUUGUUUUGGUCUUGAUCAUCUUCCUCUUGAAUGCCUUGAUUGUUUUCUGGAUCAUCGUAUUUGGCAAACUGCUAUGCCCGAAUUUUAACAAGGCUUGGAACAAGAGUGAAGUGGCAAGUCACCAGGGUGGCAAGACAUUCUGGGUUGCUAUUCAUGGAAAAGUCUAUGACAUCUCCGAUUGGUGGCAGCAGCAGCACAGCGAUGUUCCCCAGGUCAAGACGACAAGCGAUGUCAUGCAGCCACUCAAUGGUUUGAUCAUGGAUGACUAUUUCGUUCCGCCUCUGAACGUUGCUUGUGGCAACCUUGGCAUCAAAGAGACUACCCGGCUCACGGCCAACAGCACACCCGAGUACGAAACUGCUGUCCACACCUCAGGCUAUUAUGCACGAUACCCAGACAGCGCUCUGCACAGUGACAAUUGGUACUAUGGCACUUUCCUCCCAAAGAUCACCACCUACUACCACGGUGACCUCGUCUGGAGCACAGGCGAUGUCAAGUCCGAUGUCGAACUGAACACUGGAAAUGAUGUGUACCAGUUCAUGGACAAGAAGAUAUCUGAUCUUUGGAAGAACAACCCCGGUCAGAACAUUAAGCAGGACCUUGAUGAUGCACUUGCCACUGCCAAGGCCAGUGGGGAUCAAGAUUCCUAUAACAAGAUGGUCAAUUCGUGGACUUGCAUCAGGAACUCCUUCUACGUGGGAAAGACCGAUUUCAGAGAAAGCGCUCGAUGCACGGCCAACAACUGGAUCAUGCUGGCCUUCACGAUUCUCAUCUGCGCAAUUAUUCUCGUCAAAUUCGUGGCCGCCCUUCGCUUCACCUCCAAGCGCCGCCCGUCUCCUCAAGACAAGUUCGUUAUUUGUCAAGUUCCCGCUUAUACUGAAGGUGAAGAAUCACUUCGGAAGGCGAUUGAUUCGCUCACUGCAUUGCAAUACGAUAAUAAACGCAAGCUCAUCUUUGUUGUUUGCGAUGGUGUCAUUACUGGUCAAGGCAACGACCGUCCGACACCCAAGAUUGUUCUCGACAUUCUUGGUGUUGAUCCCAAACUCGAUCCUCCCACUCUACCUUUCAAAUCUGUCGGUGCUGGUAGUGAACAGCUGAAUUAUGGCAAGGUUUACUCUGGCUUGUACGAGUUUGAAGGCAACGUCGUUCCUUAUAUUGUUGUCGUCAAGGUUGGCAAGGAGACGGAGCAGUCCGGCGCUAAGCCUGGUAACCGUGGUAAGCGUGACUCUCAAAUUCUGCUCCUGAGUUUCCUCAACCGCGUCCACCAUCGAUCUCCCAUGAAUCCGCUCGAGUUGGAAAUGUUUCAUCAAAUCAACAACAUCAUUGGCGUUGAUCCUGAGUUGUAUGAGUAUCUCCUCAUGGUCGAUGCCGAUACUGCCGUCGAAGAAGAUUCUCUCAACCGUUUGGUAUCCGCCUGUGCACACAAUGCCAAGAUUGCCGGUAUCUGUGGUGAAACCAGUCUGCAAAAUGAUGAAAAGUCAUGGUGGACCAUGAUUCAGGUGUACGAAUACUUCAUCUCCCACCACCUUACCAAGGCCUUCGAAUCGCUCUUUGGAAGCGUUACCUGCUUGCCGGGAUGCUUCUCCAUGUACCGACUGAGAACCGUUGAUAAGGGCAAGCCUUUGAUUAUUUCGGACGACGUCAUCAAAGAGUACAGCGUCUGCAAUGUCGACACCUUGCAUCAGAAGAACUUACUAUCUCUUGGCGAAGAUCGCUUCCUGACCACUCUUAUGACGAAAUACUUCCCAUCAAUGCACUACAAGUUCGUUCAGGAUGCCCAAUGUAAGACUGCGGCUCCAGAAUCGUUUGGUGUCCUGAUUUCUCAGCGUCGUCGCUGGAUCAACUCUACCAUUCACAACUUGCUCGAGCUGCUGCGUCUUGGAGACAUGUGCGGCUUCUGCUGCUUCUCCAUGCGUUUUGUUGUCUUCAUCGAUCUCUUCAGUACCGUCAUUCUGCCUGCUACUUGCGUUUACUUGGGCUACCUCAUCUACCUGCUAGCAAGUAAAACUGGCCCGUUCCCUGUGAUUUCGAUUGCCAUGUUGGCAGCCGUCUACGGUCUUCAGGCUUUGGUUUUCAUUCUCAAGCGCCAGUGGCAGCACAUUGGGUGGAUGAUCAUUUACAUCAUUGCCUUCCCCAUCUUCUCGUUCGUUCUCCCCAUUUACUCGUUCUGGAACCAGGACAACUUUAGCUGGGGUAACACUCGCAUUGUCAUUGGAGAGAAGGGUAACAAGCAAGUUAUUGCCGUGGAAGAUGAGGUUUUCGAUCCCCGAUCCAUUCCCAUGCAGCGAUGGGAUGAUUAUGCUUACGCCAGCAACCUGCCUGGCCGUCGUGGCGGCUACCAGGAGAAGGAGGACUCGCCCUACAUGGACCAGUAUGAGAUGGACGAGAUGAAGUCUGUCUACUCUGCCGCUCCUCAAGGAACUGUUCUCUCCGGCAUGCCUGGCAACAACCCCUACAUGACGCCGCACUCGCCUGCCCCUUUUGCCAACCGCAGCUCUACCAUGAUGCACCAGCAGGAUCCCUUGAUGCAGUCUAGAAGACAAUCUUCUGUCGUGGAUUUCCAGGGUCGCCAGUCUCCCUACCAAGACUUUCCCCAGGCACGUCCCAGCAUGAUGAACGUUCGUAGCCAGUCCAACCUGUCUCACAUUGGCGGCAACCGAGCCUCGUCUGCCAUUGGCUACGUCGGCGGCCAUCGCCCUCCCAUGGCUAGCGACGCCUCGCUGGCCAACGUCAACAUUGACUUUCGGCAAAACAGCGGCGCGACGUCGGACGGCUCCAUCAUUGAGUCAAUUCAGGCUGUGCUCCGUGAGGUUGACCUGGACACCAUCACCAAGAAGCAGGUGCGCGCUCUCGUCGAGCAGCGCCUGCAGACUGAGUUAGUUGGUGAGCGUCGGACGUUCCUUGAUCGACAGAUUGAUCGCGAAUUGGAGAAUAUGUAA